AACAAACUAAUGAGGAUAUACGUAUAUUUAGGAUUUCUUAAUACCUCUUGCUAUACCAUAUGUACGCAUAUGUUGAUCCUCUCUCUUUGUAUUAUGUAUAUAUAUAUGCGUGUGUGUAUAUAUAUAUAUAUGAGAGCUUGGUAGGGGUUGCUCAACCGUGACGUCUCAUUAUACAUAUUUCUUGUCCAUCUUCUGCUACUUUUGCAUGUCUUUUAUUCAUCUCUCGUAAACCCUAGUAAAUCAUACAAGGCCAAGAAGCUCUGUGAUCAAGUACGAAGCAAUGGAUAAAGAUUACUCGGCACCGAACUUCUUAGGUGAAUCCUCAGGCGGUAACGACGAUAACAACUCCGGUAUGAUAGACUAUAUGUUCAACAGAAACCUUCAACAACAAAAGCAAUCGAUGCCGCAGCAGCAUCAACUGUCUCCUUCAGGCUUUGGAGCAACGACACCUACUUUUGAUAAAAUGAGCUUCGCAGACGUGAUGCAGUUUGCAGACUUUGGUCCGAAACUGGCGUUAAACCAGACCAGAAACCAAGACGAUCAAGAAACCGGGUUGGACCCGGUUUAUUUCUUGAAGUUUCCAGUCUUGAAUGAUAAGAUAGAGGACCAUAACCAAACCCAUAAUCUCAUGUCUCAAGAAGGAGGUGAGUGUGAAGGAAACAUAGGCAACGUGUUUCUUGAAGAAAAGGAGAAUCAAGAAGACGAAAACGAUAACAACUCGGUGCAACUCCGUUUUAUUGGAGGAGAAGAAGGAGACAGAGAGAACAAGAAUGAUACGACAAAGGAGGUGAAGAGCAAGAGGAAGAGAGCAAGAACAAGCAAGACCAGCGAAGAAGUAGAAAGCCAACGAAUGACUCAUAUCGCGGUCGAGAGGAACCGUAGAAAGCAAAUGAACGAGCAUCUUCGUGUCCUCAGGUCACUUAUGCCUGGAUCCUACGUUCAAAGGGGAGAUCAAGCGUCGAUCAUAGGUGGAGCAAUAGAGUUUGUGAGAGAGCUGGAGCAACUCCUACAAUGCCUGGAGUCACAAAAGCGUCGGAGAAUCCUCGGAGAAACCGGUAAUAGGCAAAUUGGGGACAUGACCACGACAAUGACUUCUUCUUCACCAAUAACUUCGGUUGCUAACCCACUAAUUAGUACCGGCAAUGUAACUGAACUAGAGGGUGGAGGAGGAGGGAUCCGGGAAGAAACAGCGGAGAACAAGUCGUGCUUGGCUGAUGUGGAGGUGAAGCUGCUAGGGUUUGACGCUAUGAUCAAGAUACUUUCAAGAAGAAGACCAGGACAACUGAUUAAGACUAUUGCUGCUUUGGAGGAUCUUCAUCUCUCUAUCCUUCACACUAACAUCACUACCAUGGAACAAACUGUCCUCUAUUCCUUCAAUGUCAAGAUUACAAGUGAGACGAGGUUUACUGCAGAAGACAUUGCAAGUUCCAUCCAAGAGAUAUUUAGUUUUAUUCAUGCAAAUACUACCAUGUAAUAAUUUUUAUAUUUCUCCUGUCGUUUCCGUUAAAGGUACUUUUCAUAAGCUUAUGUUGGUGUCUUAAAAACAGACGUCUAUGUUUGUUCCAUUUUAGAUUUUACAUGUCCUUUUGUUUUGUUUAUUUUUUUACCUUUUAGAUGCAAUAUUUUUUUUUCGUUUGCUA